AUGACGGGAAAGCUCGGAGUCCCGGGGCUGCCGGGCUACCCAGGAAGACAAGGGCCAAAGGGCUCUAUCGGAUUUCCUGGCUUUCCGGGCGCCAACGGAGAGAAGGGUGGCCGGGGCACCCCUGGGAAGCCGGGACCACGGGGGCAGCGAGGCCCGCAGGGUCCACGGGGUGAGAGGGGCCCACGGGGCAUCACGGGGAAGCCGGGCCCCAAGGGCAACUCUGGAGGCGAUGGCCCAGCCGGCCCCCCAGGUGAACGGGGUUUCCAAGGCAAGACCGGCCCCCCAGGACCCCCAGGCGUGGUCGGCCCUCAGGGUUUCCAAGGCAAGACCGGCCCCCCAGGACCCCCAGGCGUGGUCGGCCCUCAGGGUCCCACCGGAGAGACUGGCCCGAUGGGCGAGCGUGGCCACCCGGGGCCCCCGGGCCCCCCAGGUGAGCAGGGCCUCCCGGGCCUUGCUGGGAAAGAAGGGACGAAGGGGGACCCAGGCCCCGCCGGCCUCCCCGGGAAGGACGGCCCCCCCGGAUUGCGCGGCUUCCCCGGGGACCGAGGGCUCCCCGGUCCAGUGGGAGCACUUGGACUGAAAGGCAGCGAGGGCCCCCCAGGCCCGCCGGGCCCCGCGGGAUCUCCGGGGGAGAGAGGUCCAGCCGGAGCCGCCGGGCCCAUUGGCAUUCCAGGGAGACCUGGGCCCCAGGGACCCCCAGGGCCAGCCGGGGAGAAAGGAGCGCCUGGCGAGAAAGGCCCACAAGGCCCCGCUGGUCGCGAUGGUCUCCAGGGUCCGGUGGGGCUCCCCGGCCCGGCCGGCCCUGUGGGCCCCCCCGGAGAAGAUGGCGAUAAGGGAGAGAUCGGGGAGCCGGGGCAGAAGGGGAGCAAGGGGGACAAAGGAGAGCAGGGUCCGCCGGGGCCCACGGGUCCUCAAGGCCCCAUCGGGCAGCCGGGCCCCUCGGGAGAGAUCGGGGAGCCGGGGCAGAAGGGGAGCAAGGGGGACAAAGGAGAGCAGGGUCCGCCGGGGCCCACGGGUCCUCAAGGCCCCAUCGGGCAGCCGGGCCCCUCGGGAGCGGAUGGAGAGCCGGGGCCCCGGGGCCAGCAGGGCCUUUUUGGGCAGAAGGGUGACGAAGGCCCCAGAGGCUUCCCUGGGCCCCCUGGACCAGUGGGGCUGCAGGGAGCGGACGGAGAGCCGGGGCCCCGGGGCCAGCAGGGCCUUUUCGGGCAGAAGGGUGACGAAGGCCCCAGAGGCUUCCCUGGGCCCCCUGGACCAGUGGGGCUGCAGGUAACUGGGGAGUGUGGAUGGGCCCCCCAGGCCCCCCCGGCCCCCGAGGACCGUCUGGAGCGCCAGGUGCUGACGGGCCGCAAGGGCGAGCCUGGCGAAGCUGGAGAGCCUGGCCUUCCCGGAGAAGGGGGCCCCCCGGGCCCCGUCGGUUUCCCCGGAGAUCCCGGUCCCCCCGGAGAGCCCGGCCCCGCGGGCCAGGAUGGCCCCCCUGGCGACAAAGGGGACGACGGCGAGGCCGGGCAGACGGGUCCCCCGGGGCCUGCAGGCCCUGAAGGCCGCCAGGGGGAGAAAGGAGCCAAGGGUCACCCAGGCCUGAUCGGACUCAUCGGGCCUCCGGGCGAGCAGGGCGAGAAGGGCGACCGCGGCCUCCCCGGCCCGCAGGGCUCCUCCGGCCCCAAGGGAGAGCAGGGUAUCACUGGUCCUUCCGGCCCCCUCGGCCCCCCGGGCCCCCCAGGCCUGCCGGGUCCUCCCGGUCCCAAAGGUGCUAAGGGCUCCUCGGGUCCCACUGGCCCGAAGGGAGAGGCAGGCCACCCAGGACCCCCCGGCCCACCGGUCUCCCCCGCAGGCGAAUACUGGGUCGAUCCGAACCAGGGCUGCUCCCGGGACUCCUUCAAAGUUUACUGCAACUUCACGGCUGGGGGGGCCACGUGCGUCUUCCCCGACAAGAAGUCCGAGGGGGCCAGAAUCACCUCUUGGCCCAAAGAGAACCCGGGCUCCUGGUUCAGUGAAUUCAAGCGCGGGAAACUGCUGUCCUACGUGGACGCCGAGGGCAGCCCCGUGGGCGUGGUCCAGAUGACGUUCCUGCGCCUGCUGAGCGCCUCCGCCAACCAGAACAUCACCUACAACUGCUAUCAGUCGGUGGCCUGGCAGGACGCAGCCACGGGCAGCUACGACAAGGCCAUGCGCUUCCUGGGCUCCAACGACGAGGAGAUGUCCUACGACAACAGCCCCUACAUCCACGCCCUGGUGGACGGCUGCGCGGUGAGCAUCGCGUGGGCGCCGCCUCGGGGGCGGAACCAGGCGCCCGGAGCAGUUCAUUCAGCCCACACCCAUUUACUGGCACGGACCCUGGGCCAGGCCCUGAGCUGGGGGCCGGGGGCCCUGGGAGCCCAAAUGAGGAGUGCCCCCCGGCUGCUGCUCUGA